AUGCCCAUGUUUUACAAACAGCCCAGGCCAAAUUCAUCCGGUCUGAAUAUUGUUCUGUUCUAUCCUCAGCCAGAAAUGCGACUGAUUCAUGAGGAGGCGUGCCGAUUGAAUGCCACGAUUGUUCUCGUCCUGAUAGCCGUUUGGUCCGAUAUUCGUCAGCUGUGUCGUCUGGAUCGAUACGGUGUACCGUUCUGGGGUGCCAUGGCACAGUUGAAUCUGUGGGCUGACCGUCAGCUGAUUAUGCGGAUUGUGGAAUCUAUGCCACCAAAUCAGAAUUCUCCCAAAAGUUUACGUUGUCCUCGAUUGAGGCCUGAUAUUGAAAAACACAUACCAGAACAUCUAUUCCUUGUACUCAACGGGCUUCUGAUCCCGGAAGUGGUCGACAAAAUCGGGCUGAGUGAACAUCGGCCAAUCCCGCCACGAAUCGAUGUGCUUCGGGCAAAAUGGAAGGCUGGAUUCGAACGCCUCACAUACCACAUUGAACUGACCUCGCUGAAUCUCACACUUCUGCAUAAGCCCCUACUGAAUAUUGCCACUUCCGGUUAUGUGCCCGCGUCAACUUCCGAUGUCCGCAUUACGCUCCCGUGUACGGGUAAAGCGAGUGGCAUCGCACCGUUCCGCGUGCAGCUCGAUAUACGGCGGGAAUUCGAAGCGUUGCGGAAGAUUCCACGGAUUUCAUUUAUUGUAUACAAGUACUGUCUCAGUGCAGCGAGACAAACUCGUUUCAUCAUCAAAUGUGAGUGUCGAUCACGUUGUGCACGUCUUCAUCCGCACAAGCGAAACAAGCUGGAACGCAAACGAUGCGUUCGACGCUGUCGGCGUGGAUACGAUGCAAGCCAGUACGCAAGUCCACCAAGCGAACGGGCAAUCCCAUCGGAAGUAUGGCAGAUGGGUAGAUGA